CUAGAAUGAUCUGGCUCGGUCGUGUUCAGACGCAGAAGGUGGGGAGCUCCAGGGAGCAGCGGGACCGGUAGCCACCGCCACUUGCUAGCACGCUCCAGGCUCUCCGAAGCAGGGACGUCAUCGGGGGUCUCUCAGAACCACAGCUGGUUUGGGAAGACAAUGGGUUCCCCGCAGGACCACGCCUACCGGCUCCUGAACGAGUAUGCAAAUGGCUUCAUGGUGUCCCAGGUCCUCUUCGCUGCCUGUGAGCUGGGCGUGUUCGACAUCCUCGCCGAGGCCCGGGAGGCGCUGGACUCGGCGGCGGUUGUGGCGCAUCUGGGCACCAGCUCCCGCGGGACACAGCUGCUGCUGGACACCUGUGUGUCCCUGAAGCUGCUUAAGGUAGAAGUGAGAGGAGGAAAAGCGUUCUAUCAGAACACAGAGCUCUCCAGCACCUACCUGGCCAGGGGCAGCCCCACGUCCCAGUGCAACAUGCUGCUCUACCUGGCCAGGACGACCUACCGCUGCUGGGGCCACCUGGCGGAGGCCGUGAGAGAAGGGAAGAACCAGUACCUGCAGGCGUUCGGCGUUCCCUCGGAAGAGCUCUUCAGCGCCAUCUACAGGUCGGAGGGGGAGCGGCUGCGGUUCAUGCGGGGUCUGCAGGAGGUCUGGAGCGUCGCCGGUCGCGGAGUGCUGGCUGCCUUCGACCUGUCCCAGUUCCCUGUCAUCUGCGACCUCGGGGGCGGUCCCGGGGCCCUGGCCAAGGAGUGCGUCUCUCUGUACCCCGGGUGCAAGGUCACCGUCUUCGACCUUCCAGAAGUGGUGCGGACGGCAAAGGAACUCUGCUCGGUCCUAGAGGAAGGACGGAUUGGCUUCCGUGAAGGAGAUUUCUUUCAAGACCCCCUUCCCGAGGCGGAUCUGUACAUCCUGGCCAGGGUCCUCCAUGACUGGACGGAUGAAAAGUGCUCACAGCUGCUGCAGAGAAUCCAGCGCACCUGCAGGCCAGGCGGUGGCAUCCUGGUGGUGGAGAGCCUGCUGGCCGAGGACGGGCGAGGCCCCGUGGCCACGCAGCUCUUCUCCCUGAACAUGCUGCUGCAGACGGAGGGCCAGGAGCGGACCCCCGCCCAGUACCGCGCGCUCCUCUCCUCCGCUGGUUUCCACGGCUUCCAGGUCAAGAAAACGGGGGGCAUUUACGAUGCCAUUUUAGCCAGGAAUUAACUCCCCUGGUGGACCGUGCUUGUGGAACUACCAGCAAAAUGCAAGAACAAUAAUAAAAACA